AUGGGGAGCUUUGAGACCAACAUCUCAAGUGCCACCAGCUUCACACUAACAGGGUUUCCAGAGAUGAAGGGUCUAGAGCCUUGGCUGGCUGCCCUCCUCCUGCUGCUUUAUGCGAUCUCCAUCCUUGGCAACACCCUCAUCCUCUUUAUCAUAAAGGAAGAGCAGAGCUUGCACCAGCCAAUGUACUAUUUCUUGUCUCUUUUGUCUGCUAAUGACCUGGGUGUGUCCCUUACUACAUUGCCUACUGUCCUGGCUGCUAUGUGUUUUCAUGCCCCAGCAAUUGGUUUUGAUGCCUGCCUGGCCCAGAUGUUCUUCAACCACUUUUUCUGCUGGACAGAGUCUGGGAUCCUGCUGGCCAUGAGUUUUGACCGCUGUGUGGCCAUCUGCAACCCCUUGCGCUAUUCCACAGUGCUCACUGACACCCGUGUGGCCCAUAUGGGCACAUCCAUCAUCAUCCGCAGCUUCUGCUUGGUCUUCCCAUUUCCUGUCCUCCUGAAGAGACUGCCUUUCUGCAGGGCCAAUGUCCUGACCUAUUCCUACUGCCUGCACCCUGACCUGAUCCGUCUUCCCUGUGGAGACACAACCAUCAACAGCAUAUAUGGCCUGUGUGUUGGCAUUUCUACCUUUGGUAUAGAUUCAGUGCUUAUAUUCCUCUCCUAUGUGCUCAUUCUACACUCUGUGCUGGCCAUUGCCUCCCAGAAGGAGAGGCUUAAGACACUCAACACAUGUGUGUCACAUAUCUGUGCUGUGCUAAUCUUCUAUGUGCCCAUGAUUAGUUUGUCCAUGGUCCAUAGAUUUGGAAAGCAUGCCCCUGAGUAUGUGCAUAGGUUAAUAUCCCUGGUCUAUCUCUUAGUGCCUCCAAUGCUCAACCCCAUUAUCUAUUCUAUCAAGACGAAGGAGAUUCGCAGGAGGCUACACAAGAUGUUAAUGAUACCUAAGCUCUGA